GCGGAAGUGCGUUUGUUGUUCUUCCUGUUUGGGGUCUGUCAGAGCGCACAGGACUGGAGCUGCAUGUCUCCACUGUUCUCCCGGUGAUCCGCGCUUUACCGCCGCCGAAUGAAGAAUACCAGUAAUGCCAAAGGAAAAAUAUGAGCCUCCCGACCCGCGCAGGUGCUACUCCAUCAUGGCGGCUGACGAGGUGGCCAGUGGCAAGAAGUCCCAGUGGGCAGAGCUGGAGAUCUCUGGUCGUGUGCGCAGUCUGAGCAGCUCCCUCUGGACCUUCACCCAUCUCACUGCGCUUCACAUCCAGGACAACAAUCUGAGCCGCCUGCCCCCUGACAUUGCCCGCCUGCCCCACCUGGUCUACCUGAACCUGUCCUCCAACAAGCUGCGCAGCCUGCCCUCCGAGAUGGGCAACAUGGUGUCUCUCAGGGAAUUGCUUUUAAACAACAAUCUUUUACGAGUCCUGCCUUAUGAACUCGGGAGACUAUUCCAGCUUCAGACUCUCGGGCUCAAAGGUAACCCUCUGUCCCAGGACAUUUUAAACCUUUACCAGGAGCCGGAUGGUACCAGGAAGCUGCUCAACUACAUGCUGGACAACCUGGCAGUUCACCCGGAGCAGCUCCCACAAAGGCCCUGGAUCACUCUGAGAGACCGCGACCAAAUCAACUCCACAGCGGUGUUCUCAGUCAUGUGCUAUAACGUGCUGUGUGAUAAGUACGCCACGCGGCAGCUCUACGGCUACUGUCCGUCUUGGGCCCUGAGCUGGGAGUACAGGAAGAAGGGUAUCAUGGAGGAAAUCACUCAUUGCGACGCAGACAUCAUCAGCCUGCAGGAGGUGGAGACAGAACAGUACUACACGUUCUUUCUGGAGACUCUAAAGGAGCGUGGCUACGACGGAUACUUCUGCCCCAAGUCUCGAGCCAAACUGGUGUCAGAGCAGGAGCGCAAGCACGUGGACGGCUGUGCGGUCUUCUUCAAGACUGACAAGUUCACACUGGUGCAGAAACACACAGUGGAGUUUAACCAGGUUGCCAUGGCAAACUCGGAAGGGUCAGAGAUCAUGCUGAACAGGGUCAUGACCAAAGACAACAUCGGGGUCGCCGUGCUGCUGGAGGUCAAGAAGGAGGUCUUCUCCUCAGGUCUGAAGCCGUCCACCGAGCGGCAGCUGAUCCUGGUGGCUAACGCUCACAUGCACUGGGACCCUGAGUUCUCUGAUGUUAAACUCAUCCAGACCAUGAUGUUUCUGUCCGAGCUCAAGAGCAUCCGUGAGAGCGCCUCUGUGACCUCUGACCCCGCUGCGACGCCUGACCCCUCUGCCAUCCCCAUCGUGCUCUGCGCUGACCUCAACUCACUGCCAGACUCAGGUGUGGUGGAGUACCUGAGUAACGGAGGAGUAGCGGAGAACCACAAAGACUUUAAGGAGCUGCGGUACAACGAGUGUCUGUCCAACUUCAGCUGCAAUGGGACGGGCGGUGAUGGCAGUAUCACCCACAGCUUCCAGCUCAAAAGCGCCUAUGAGAGCCUCAUGCCCUACACCAACUACACAUACGACUUCAAGGGUGUGAUUGACUACAUCUUCAUCUCGCGGCCCCUGCUCUCAGUGCUUGGUCUCCUGGGGCCCCUGGACUCUCAGUGGCUGGUGGACAAUAGCAUCCUGGGCUGCCCUCACCCGCACAUCCCCUCUGACCACUUCUGUCUGCUGGCCCAGCUGGAGCUGCGCCGCUCCCUACCUUCCUCCAGCAUCAACGGCAUCCACACGCACAGGUAGUGGGGUGUGACCACUGCCAACCAGCCGCUGUGACGGGACUUUGUACAGAAUCCAUCCAAUAAUAUCCAGGGAGAUCAGGGCUGUGUCUGACCACACACAGCAUGUUUGGGGUUAAAGUCCAACAAUAAUGAUCCAGUGAUUUUAACUAUGGUGUAAUAUUGUUUUAGUGGUGGGUGAUAUAACAGCAUAUUAAACAGUUACGACAAAUGCUCUUGUGACCAAUUUGGGGAGAUGGUUCUAUGGUGAUUCAGGGUUUUCUGUACAUACAAUGCUUUGCUCACAUACAGACACCCAUCCACUCCCCCUAUUGGUCAGCCUUACUCAUGCCCUAAAAGAGUGACACACAAAUUUAACAAGUGUGUCCAAGCAUUAUGUACCCAAACAUGACUGCAGAAUACCUGAGAGUACUAAAAGGAGAAAGUCUGUUAUAGUAUAUAUUGGCCUAUUGUCAAUCAUUGUGGAAUACACUAUUUUGGCAUAUUAGAUUAUUGUGUGCAAUAAAUGUAACUAGAGAGACACUGGUUUUGGACACAGCCCUGAGACUCCAGUUCUCAUUUUAAAAGACAUUUUCAUGUGAACACUACUUUUUAAUGAGGAAUAACUACACAGAUAUAUAUGGAAAAUGAGUCCAAGAAACACAAAACAACUUUAUAUCAGCCUUAAAAAACCCAUUGAUCCAGAGGAGUGAAGUAUUUGUUCAGUACACUAAAUGUCCCCUUUAAGCUGUCGACCAGACAUGCCAUGGAAGCAAAUAGGUUGCAAAGUCAGAGUACUAGAUAAAGGGCAGGUACCAAUUUUUCUCUGUCGGAGAGGCACUAUUUUUUAGAGAAUCCACAAAUGUUGACUCACUGUAUAAAUGUGCUGUUGUGCAAAAAAUAUUUCUUGAUUAAUUUAUGCUAACAAUGUUUACAAAUUUGUUUACUACAAAGCAAUAUCAUGCCUUAAUAAUCUUCUAUAAAUUGGUACGAAAUUAAAAUGUCAUAUAUUUUAUGCCAUUUAAGCCUGAAAACCAUGAAUGCCUAAAGGUGCCUAAAUGCCGAAAAUUGCUAACAUCGAUAUAUCAGAUUGAAUAUUUCUAAGUUAGGAGGUUACGGGUUAGACUCCCGAUUAUAUCUGAGUAGAGUGUGCAUGUCCUCCCAGUAUUACUGUGGCAGAGUGGUUAUCCUGUCUCCUGCCUCUCAGUAGGGAGGUGGUGUGUUAGACUCCUGAUUAUGUCUGAGUGGAGUAUUCAUGUCGUCCCUGUGUUACUGUGACAGAGUUGUUAUCCUGUCUCCUUCCCUCUCCCUUCUCCCUCCGUCCAAAGACAUGCGUGUACAGGUGAGAUGAAAUACCCCUCACCCCUCUGUAUACCAUCAACAUAUGCACAAUAUUUUAUUUUCUUGCAAUCAAUCAUGCAUCAUUUCACUAUGCACUUUUUUAUAAAACCAAAAUAUUUAUGACACUAAUAAUCUAAAUAAAGUAGUCAUUAAAAACUAUAAAAUACAUGUAAUAUAGCACUUACAUAUGAUACCCAAAGCUAAGUAGCCAUGCUUAGUGAUUCUUAAUUUAUCGAAAAUGGGGCAAACAGGUGUCUGUGAAACUGGGUCUGAACCAAGACUAAACUCUAUGCAAGCGUGACUCCUUAGAAGGAAUUUGCUGUCUUUUAUUUUGACAGUGAUAUGUUAUUAGUAGUGAGAGUAGCUGUGAUAUUAGUAGUAUUGGUCCUCUCUGGUCUUCCAAACCAGAAAUGUUAUAAAAAAAAAAUCCAAUCAGCAAGUACUACAUGUGAUACAAUCAUUUUCGACUAUCAGUGAACUUUGUACAUGAAUUUUAGACAUUCUCAUUCAAAAUAUAUGAGAUAGUUUGCCUUAAUUUAAGACAAUCGCUUUAUAUCAUGAGCUUUACCGUGAUUGCUUGAUUUGCACAUAAACUCCAUCACUGCAGAUACUUCACUCCUCUCGGAUAUAGACAGGUUUUGUAUCUUAUAACACUUGUACAUUUAAAGUUGUUGUGGCAGGAGUGAGACCUCCUUAAAGGAUCUUUGGUGUUUUAAAGCUGCUCAUUCUCAGAUCAUUUGGGUUGUUUUUAUCAAACUCGGGGAUGUUUUGUUUCUAAAUGACAUGCAGUCUUUGUACAAUUAUUACAGUAUUACAGACUUUUGAAGAAAAUAAAUGUUGUCAUUAAAAGCA